AUGGCCGGUGUCAUUCAGUCGGCCGAAAUCGCGGGCAUGGAGGCCAACGUCCAGUCCAACAUCACCGCUGCGGAGGCCAGGAACAACAAGACCUCGGGCGGAAACGCCGCUUUCCACAACUUCAACAACGACUUCGCACAUAUCGCUGACGCCAACGAGCGCCGUCGUCUGGCAUUGGCCGAGAUUGACAAGGCGCCUUUUGGCUGGUACCAUGUCCGUGCCAUUGUCGUCGCCGGCAUUGGUUUCUUCACCGACUCGUAUGACAUCUUCACCAUUGGCCUCGUCACCUCCAUGUUGGGUAUAGUGUACUUUGGAGGCACUCUACCUGCCGAACACGAUACCGCAAUCAAGGUUGCAACAUCCGCCGGCACCGUUGUCGGCCAACUUGGUUUUGGUAUUCUCGCCGACAUUGUCGGCCGCAAGAAGAUGUACGGUGUCGAGCUGAUCAUCAUCAUUGUCGCCACCCUCGCCCAGGCCCUCUCGUCAGCCUCCCCUUCUGUCUCCAUCGUCGGCCUCAUCGUUUUCUGGCGUAUCAUCAUGGGCAUUGGAAUCGGCGGCGACUAUCCUCUUUCUGCCAUCAUCACCUCCGAGUUCGCCACGACCAAGUGGAGAGGCUUCAUGAUGAAUGCCGUGUUUGCCAACCAAGGUUUCGGCCAGCUUGCUGGUGGCAUUAUGCUCCUCAUCGUCACAGCCGGUUUCCAGGGAUCCCUCGAGACUGCCGCUAAGCCUGCUGCGUGCUCUACCACCGAGCCUUGCCUGAUGGCCGUCGACAAGAUGUGGAGAACAAUGAUUGGUUUCGGUGCCGUCCCUGGAUGCAUUGCGCUGUACUUCCGCCUCACCAUUCCCGAGACGCCUCGAUACACCUUUGAUGUCGACAAUGACGUACACAAGGCCGAGGGCGACGUCGACCAUUACAAGCAGGGCAAGUGGGGAGAAUCUCAGGUUGACGAGGCCACCCGCGUCGUCGCCCGCCAAGAGGCCAAGUCGCAGCUCGAAGUCCCCAAGGCCUCGUGGGGUGACUUCUUCCGCCACUACAGCGUCUGGAAGAAUGCCAAGGUUCUCAUCGGCACCGCCGGUUCGUGGUUCUUUCUUGAUGUCGCCUUCUACGGCCUCGGUCUGAACAACGCCAUCAUCCUCAAUGCCAUCGGGUGGUCUGGCGGCAAGGAUGUGUACCACAUCUACUACAAGACGGCUGUCGGCAACCUGAUUCUUGUCUGUGCCGGUGCCGUCCCCGGAUACUGGGUCUCCGCCGCUCUCGUCGACACAAUCGGACGCAAGCCCAUCCAGCUUUUCGGCUUUUUCACCCUCACCCUCCUCUUCUGCGUCAUCGGCUUCGACUACUGGAACCUGUCCGGAACUGCUCUGAUGGUCCUGUACACUCUGGCGCAGUUCUUCUUCAACGCCGGCCCCAACUCGACGACAUUCAUUGUCCCUGGAGAGUGCUUUCCCACAAGGUACCGGUCCACCUCUCACGGUAUUUCCGCUGCCUCGGGCAAGAUUGGUGCCAUCAUUGCGCAGGUUGUCUUUGGGCCGCUCAGGACCAUCGGAGCCGACAGUACCCGGGCCAAGACGGACCCGAGAUGGAGCACGCCGUGGCUCAACCACAUCAUGCAAAUUUUUGCUCUUUUCAUGCUUUGUGGUUUCUUCACAACCUUGUUGAUUCCGGAGACGGCGAGGAAGACGUUGGAGGAGCUCUCCGGCGAGGAUGAUUUGGCCACCAGUGCUAUCCCUGUGCACGGACAUAACGAGGAGAAGCGAGUUGAGGAGGGGGCCGCCGCUGGAUCCGUCUGA